GGGCUCAGCUGGGCGCCUCCAGCAGCAGCAGCAGCGCCGGGAAGAGACUGCCGCCGGCGGCGGCCGCAGCUUCAACAACAACGGCCAUGGAUUCCCAGUCCCUGGACAGUUGUAUCCAGAGUACGCUCUCGGCACUCUACCCUCCAUUCGAGGUCACAGCAGCCACGGUUCUGUGCCAGGUCUUUGAUGUGGUGGAGAAGACAUACCGUGGGGACGGCCUGCACUACCUCAUCGACUUUCUGAUUCCAGCCAAGCACAUCUUGCAGUGCGUUCAGCAGGAUGCCUGUGUCCAGUAUUGCGGAUUGCUGUUCCGGCAUGAGGGCUGGCCCCUCUGCAUCCAUGAGAAGAUUGUAGUUCAACUUGGCUCCUUCGACUGGCGGAUCCUGAGACCAGGAGACUUUUACCUGCAGGUGGUCCCUUACUUGAAAAAGUCCCCACGAAUCAUUGUGAAAUGUUUGGCCGAGGAUAAGCAUAAUGUUGAUGAGCUUGUGGUCCCUGAAGUCUCCUACACUUCCAUUUUCACUGUGGAAUGGCUGAAUGGCAUCAACAGGGAGCGGAUGGGAAUGGCACUGGAAAACUGCUUACUAGGUACAGAAGAUAAAAUAUUCCGGGUGCCCUGGGACAGAAUAGUCAAUCCAGAAUUUAUUGAAAGCCCCCCCAAAAUGGACGGCGGCCUAAGUUCUGUUCCAGUGACUGAACGGCCUUCAGCUUUGGGCUUUUCAGAGGUGCCGUCUCAAAACAGCUCCCUUGAAGUGGAGUCCCAACUUUUUCAUGGGCCAAGUUUACCUGAAGACAGCUUCUUCAUGACCAAUACAACAGAGCAACUUGUGAGGGCAGCUGCCAGCAUGGAGUGUGUGAGCCCAGGCGUUCGAGAAGACUCUAUAAGUGACCUGGAAGGGGAAUAUGUGGAGCUCACAGAUGUUUCACUGCCUAAAUUUGAACCUCAGUCAGUCUGCCUCAGUUAUUGCACUAAGCCGAGGAUGAGAGCAAAGGACAGGCCUGCAGCCAGUCAGGAUAGCAGCACUCGCUUGAGGAAUGGAGAUGGUUUAGCAGUCGUAUUAAUUCCACAUGGGCAUCUGGACAUAGCGGAGCCCUCUGAUACCCAGGCCAGUAAUGCUAGGAAUCUUUUGGAGGAUGAUAAUGAACUAGAAAGUGACAAAUUGCUAUUGGAAAAUUAUGAGGGGCCUGCAGCUGCCUCUGCUGGCUCUGAUCCCAAGGAACCUUCUCAUGUAAAGGGACAGGCCCAGCCAGAACAUGAGCUUGACUGGAGGUAUGCAAUGUGCAGCUUCCAUGAUGGAGAAGAUGCUGAAUGUAGGUCUGUGGCUUCUGAAAUAACAGAGACAGCUCAGAGGAGUAGUACAGAGCUGGAAAAUGGCAGCAGGGUCUCUGAGCAUGGCUAUUGCUCUAGUGUGCUAGGCAUGAAGGCCACACAAGGAACAGGCACCAGGGAGGGUUGUGGGAGUUCUGGGAAGGAUAACUUCCCUGAGCCUCAUUUGGGACAUUUGGCCAAGGACUCUGACCCUUCCAGCCCAAGGUUGCAGGAGAAUGCCUUUUCCCCACCCAUGCCAAAGUCACUGCCACCAAAACCCUUCUCUGAUGUGAGGGUGGUAGCACACAGCCAUCUCCCACAGGAACUGUCAGUUGAAGUCACAGGUCACACUUCUGAGUGGCUGAUGGAGCUCCAUCACCCAGUUGAGCAGUUGGAGAAGGUGAGCCCAAGGCCAGCAGAGGCAUUAGUGGGGUUGGGCAGCAGCGUUUAUGGAGAGGAAAACCUCCAAUGUUUAGCCAAGCAAAGUCUCUCUCAGAAGGAGAAGCAGACCAGUUCUGGAAGCACCUUGCCACUCCAAGGUGAGACAGAGGCACACCUGCUCCAAGAGGCUGGGCAAGAGAAUGUGGAUUGUUCUCAACAGCAAGCUGAGAGUGCUUUUCUGCCUGUCAGUUCUGGGAUAACAGCAAAAACGUUGGGGAGCAGCUGCAGCAGCCCUUCAGUGGAGACAGAUACACAAGUAGAGGAUGCUUCAAGCCAGGGUAACAAAGAAGAAGCUGCAGCUUGCUGGGUGGACCUACCGUACCUGCUAAGCAAACCAAACACUUUGAUGUUGGAAACCCCCCCAAAGGUGGAAUGUUUGACAGGCAAGCCCCAACCCAAUAAGGAGGGCCCAGUAGCACCCCUCCCCUCUGCACCAGUGACAACGCGGUUACAAGGCAGCACCAGGAAUGUCACAAAUGGGGACCAAGUAGUCACAGAAGCCUCAUUGAAAUGGGUAGAAAAAUUCAGCAGAGGAGGUGAUCAAGUUAGGCUGGUGCCAGCCGAUCAUGGAUCUAUCUGGGAAGAAGGCUCAGCAGUGGCCACACACCAAGAAUAUCCCUUCGUUCCAUCUGGUGGAAGUCAGCAAACUGUCCCCACUUCCAUGAAGGAUGUAAACUGGGAGGUGCUUAGGAGUGGAGUUGCCUGCCUACCAGGCACCAGAGACAAGUAUGGACAUGCGGUGGUCAUCAUCACAAUGAGGAAUACAAUUUGGCUAAACCCACACUGCAAUGCUAGUGAGCUGAUGCGCCUCCUCCUGUACUUACGGAGUGUCCUCAGGCCCGAGUGCCAGGCUUUGGGCCUAACUAUCCUGGUGGAUGCCCGUCGAUGCUCUCCAGUCCCAGCUCUCUUUAAAGCUUUAGCUGUUCUGCAGGAUGCUGUCCCUCGCUGCAUCCAUGGGGCCCUGUUGCUUGUUGAGAAAGAUAUCAGUUUUCGAUUGGAAAAACCAGCUUCUAUACAGUGGGAACUUCUCACCUCCAUGAAGUCCCUCCACAAGCAUAUCGAGGGGGGGCAGCUGCCCCUAGAAUUUGACGGGGCCCUUCCGUAUUGCCAUCAGGACUGGCUGCGCUUUCGAAUGCGCCUGGAGCACUUGCUGCAUGGAUGCGAAGAUGCUGGCACCUUCCUCAGGGAAGCCAUCCAAGCUGUGGAGUCCAGCAGCUGGCCAGAGAAAGCGGAGGAGGCUGAUGCCUUGCUGGAGAGCUACAGGCAAUUAAUGAAGACUGUUCUUGAUGAUAGACGGCUGGUCAGGUUGCAGCUGGAAGGAGGGGCACUUCUUGCUCGCCUGAGGAAAGAAGAGUCCUGUGUUACUCUGACAGAGGACUACAGAGAUGCGCUGGAGGCAGCUGUUGCGCUUUACAAUGGAGUGGACGAGGGCAUCCAUCAGCUGGUGAUGAUGUCAAACAAGCGCAUCCAGGCCCUGGAGCUGGUGAUAGACUUUGGAGCCUUUGAAGAAAGCUUCCGGGAGGUCAGCAGAUGGAUGGAGAAUGUUGGUCAAACACGGCUCACGGAGCUGAGUGAGCUGGAUGGUUCUUUGGAGGUCUUGCUUAAAGCACAGAGGCAGUUCCAGGACUUUGAGCUCGUUGCAAGUGAAUAUUGCCGAAGGGGUUGGGAGUCUCUGAAAGAGAUGGACAAGUGGGAAGAUGCUUCCUCUGCUGAGCUGCACGCAGGGUGUGGUAUCAAGUUGCAGAUGUACAGAACCCAGUUCCAGAGGUUCUGCAGCCAACUGGAGGCCAGCAGGAGCCGGAUAGGCCAGACCAUCAAGCUGUAUGAAUUCUUUGACCAGGCCUACGAAUGGGCAUUGGAGGGCAUGCGCCACCUUUCCAGCAUCAGCACAGAGGAGGGCAGCUCCCUUGAGGAUUGUGCUUCAGCUCUCAGGAGCCUGGAGAGCUACAAGAGACAGCACCCAGAAAUCAGUAGUGCCAGAUUCCAGGAGAUGAAGGAGCUGGCAUGCCAGCUGAAGAGCAGCCGUGCCCUGAAGCAAUGGCAGCUAGCCUGGUCCAAGUGCCAGGAGACCAUGCUGGGUUUUGAGAUGAAGCUGGAAGCUGCCCUGAGGACCAAGAGUUCUCUGUGCCCUCCUGACUUGAAGCCAUCGGCUGAGAGAGAGCUCAGCCAGGAGGGCAGGCCGCCUUUGGAGGGGCCACUCCCCUUCCGUCUCCCUGGGUGGACUGGGGAGCAGGUUGUGCUCCCAAGCCAGGUCAUUCCAGAGGCUUCUAAGCUGCCGUGCCGUCUCCAUGAGGAGAAGGUCACUCUGGAGAGCAUUGUGGAAGUCCUGGAGGCAGGACCCUCCCGCCCCUCCACCCCAGCCUCUAGCCAGCAGCCAUUCCCCAAAAGGCCCCUGAGGAAGGCCCAGAGUUUUGACCUGCCCUGCACAGAGGGACUGCGCUCUGGCUGCCAGCGGACUCUGAGUGAGCCAGCCCGUUACGGCAACACCGGCGUCUUCAUCAAGGGGCUGGAAGUGAGCAGUACUGAGCAUGUGACCCGGCAACACCUCAGCCCAACCAGUUGGGCACCUGGUGGCUUGCAAGCGGAGCAGAGGAGCAGCCUCUCCAUAUCAGAGGCAAAGAGCUUGGGCAGCAAACUGCGGCACAUCAUUGAGGAGAUGGUGAUGACUGAGCAGGAGUACGUCCGGUCCUUGCGCUACAUCAUUGAGAGCUACUUCCCUGAGAUGGAGCGGCUGGACCUGCCCCAAGACCUGCGGGGGAAGCGGAGCGUCAUUUUUGGGAACCUGGAGAAGCUCUACGACUUCCACAGCCAGUACUUCCUGCGGGAACUGGAGAACUGCUGUAACCACCCGCUGCGGGUCAGCCACUGCUUCCUGCGACAUAAAGAUCAGUUUGGGAUGUAUGCUCUCUACAGCAAAAACAAGCCCAAGUCUGACUCACUCCUGGCCAGCCGUGGGAACUCUUUCUUCAGGCUCAAGCAGAUGCAGCUGGGGGACAAGAUGGACCUGGCCUCCUACCUGCUGAAGCCCAUCCAGCGCAUGAGCAAGUAUGCCCUCCUCCUGAAGGACCUGAUCAAGCAGUGUGGGGAGGCUCAGGAGCAGGAGCUGGCCUACCUGCAAGCCGCCGAGGAGAUGGUGCGCUUCCAGCUGCGCCAUGGCAACGACCUCCUGGCCAUGGACGCCAUCCGGGACUGUGAUGUGAACCUCAAGGAGCAGGGGCAGCUGGUGCGCCAGGAUGAGUUCAGCGUCUGUCUGGGCCGCAGGAAGUGCCAGCGCCAUGUCUUCCUCUUUGAAGACCUGAUCCUUUUCAGCAAGCCCAAGCGGGUUGAGGGGGGGCUGGAUGUCUACAUCUACAAGCGCUCCUUUAAGACAGCAGACAUUGGCCUGACUGAGAACUCCGGCGAGAGUGGGCUGCGCUUUGAGAUCUGGUUUCGAAGGCGGAAAUCGAGUGACACCUACGUCCUGCAGGCCAGUAGCCUCGAGACCAAGCUGGCCUGGACCAGUGACAUUACCAAGAUCCUAUGGGAGCAGGCUGCCCGGAAUAAAGAGAUCCGCAUGCAGGAGAUGGUGUCCAUGGGUGUGGGGAACAAGCCUUUCCUGGACAUCAAGCCGAGUGAAGCUGCCAUCCAUGACCGUGCCAUUGAUUACAUUAUGAAAGGCAGGGGAGCCAGGACUCGGGCUUCUAUUGCAGUCUCUCUGUUUGACCACGCCAACCCUUACAAGAGGUCGCAAACACCUCUGCCUGCUGGCUGCCCAUCCUCCUCCUGCACAGUGCUUGGGCCUCUCAACUUGCACAUGUACCUGAACCAGUCCCUGCUGCCCAGCAUGCUCUCGACCAGCCACCCCUUGGACGUGGGCACAUGCAUAGAGGAGGAUGAGAUGGAGAACGAGACCAGCAGCCAGCCUUCCAUGACAACUGAGAGCUCAGAAUCCUCCUCCCAGUGCAUGUCAAGGAGCGGCUCCAGUGGCUCUGACAGUGGCUGCGUAUCCAGCGCUCCCCAGGAGAGCUUCUGUGAAGACCCUGGCUCACCCCUACCCAUCCCCAAAGGCUCCGCUUUUCCCUCCCCCCCAGAGCAGAAAACCUGUUUCCCCAAAAGCCAGUAUGUUUCAGCGGUAAGUGGACAGGACCUUGCCAAUGUGCCCAAGGGAUCCAGGCCAUAGAAUCACUAGUCCUCCCUGCCUUGCUCAGGGAACCUCAGCCCUGUCUGUGGCCUUGACACUCUAUCCUUCCAACAGACCAUAGGAAGCCAACUCGAGCCAUUUCAGUAAAACAAAAUGUGAGGCCCCCACUUUAGAAAUCAGCAGCUGGGGUUAGGAGAUGGAGAGAUUUCCUUAGUGGAAUACAGGCGGCCCUUGGGAUGGGGCUGAACUAUCAGUUCUCAUCCUUCUUGGCUGGAGUUGAUGGGAGGUGGAUCCAGCCCCUGGGCUAGAGACUGGCAGAGUGGGGUCUGCUUCCCCAUAGCUUGUGGGCAGGAUCCUUGAUUUGCAGGUGAAGCUUGUGGCACAUGCUGCUCCUCUGGCCCACACGAAGCAGGAUGGGGGGAGGGAGAGCCAGUCCAGUCCUUCCUUUCACCAUGGAUCUAUGUAAGAAUCUCCCAGUCUCCUGAUCAUGGAUAAUGCUGUGUUGCAGGUCUAAACGCUGGUUUCCGUGAUGUUUCUCAGGAGACGGGAAGAAGGAACCUGUGAAUGUCCCCGCACAGCACCCAGGAGCCCAUAAUAGUAGUGGAGAAUAUUGAGUAUGCAAUUAACUAGACUGGGCCACAGCACUGGACAUGAAAAUGCCCUUGUUUGUGUGACUGAAUUGUGGAGUGGGUUGAGUGCCCCCAGUGUAGGUGUGAGUUCCUGCUGCCUUCUGCUGCUGUUUCACAAGGCAGCCCUGGGGCUGGGUAGCCACAGUGAGCAGCAGCAGUGAAAGGUUUGGGCGCCAUUGUUGAGGGAGGGGAUUUAGGGGGACAGUUGUCAAGAUUUGGUGGUCCUGAUGUGGCCAUGGAUAGAGAAACAACUGUACAUUGAGGGUACGGAUCAGAGAGAUAGAUGUUGGCUGGUCACUUGUCUUUUUUACAGUUGACUUGCUUUGUUCCACAAGCUGCACAUUUAGGGGAAAAAACUUUUUCAAAGGGCAGAAUAAAGAAACAAAGUAUUUAUUUUUUGAAAAAAAGAGUAACCUCCUUUGUUAUCCAGGCCAGUUCUUUGUAUAGGUUUGCCUGGUCUUGAGAUAAUUUAUUUCCUUGUUCUUACUACUAAUUGCUUCAUUAGCAGAUUCCACAGGUGCCUCAGAGCCAAGUUGUCACUAGAAGAGUUGUUUCUUUCUGUUCAUUGUUAGGAAACUAAAUUAAUCCAUGGAGCAGCCCUUACAGGGGGUGGGGGUGGGGUCUGAAUAUGCAGUGGAAUGAGGGGCUGAAUGGGCAAUGACAUUGCAGAGGGCAAGUAAGAGAAAAACAUUUUAACAUUUAUUGGAUUUUGCACAAAAAAGUCCAUGAAAACAGAAAGCUAGCACAGCAGGUAAGAGCCUAAUCAUAGAGAUUUCUUCCUGAUGUGCUAGUUUUUAACCCGCAGGGAGCUUUCCCAUUGGGGGAGCAUUCUAAAAUGGGAGUUCUCAUUUGCUAUAUGAAGUGUUAUAUCUUACUCUGCUUCAUGUAUAGACCAAGCUGUUAAGCAUUUCUGAACCUCCAGCUGGGAUCCUACCCAAGGGACAGUGGUCAGCCUCCUUUGACUUCUUAAGGGGAAAUAAUGCACUUGAGUUCACAGUGAUCUGCCUGCCAAGGCAAGUCAGGAACAGGUCAUUGCUAGUAGAGGCAGCUCUGACUCUAAGCCAUUUCUGCCAACCUAGUUGAGGAAGUACUAGCAAUCUUCUGAACCUCACGCAUCUGGAAGCCAGGCAGUACUGGAAUUGUGUGCCACAUACAGUUCUCUGCUGUUGUGCUUCUGGCUUUAGUCCACAAGUGCCUCUCCCUUGCCUCCCAUUUACUACCCAUACUCCCAUUUCAUUCUAAAACCCUUGAGCUGUAAAUAUAACCCUUAUUUUACAUUUAUUUAAUGAACUGAAUUUCUUCAGCCCACUCCCCACAAAGAAUGGAAUACCAGAGCUCUUUGGUAUAAUAUCACCUGCAGAACAGCUGGAAAGGGAUGACUUUAGAAAUUUCCAAGUAAUGUUUCUUGGUUAAUAUAACUUUGACUUUUAUAAACAAAGCGUUCCCAAAAAAACUGGAGGAAGCCUGGGAUCAAUUUUGGAUGAAACAGUAUCUGGAAUUACUUGUGCUGGGCAGUUUUUUCAUUGUUGGGAAAAAAAUCCUUAAUGUAUGCCUUGCUGGCACCAAUGUUAUGUUCAAAGUUUGACUGAAUUACUUAAUAAAAGUUGUUUCUUCCAGUACAUUUUAGCUUGAUUGCAUGUGAUCAUUUCUAAGAGCUUUUGACUAUUGUCAUCACAAGAUCUAAUUUUGCUUUUGCAAUUCCAUAUGGGUAGAGAUGUUUUGACAUUAUGAAAGCACCUGUACAAUAAAGGUAAGAAGUAAAGUCUUAGAGGAAGGACAGCAUUUUAAACUCACUCAACUCUUUAUUUUUUUUAUGUGAACUGAAAGGAAAGUGAAGUGGCUUGGCUCAAGUUUAAGUGGUUUUGAGUCUGCUGCCGUGUGAUCUAAAAAUUAAUUUAGCUCAAUAAGGCUGAUGGCUGUUCAUCAACACACACAAAAGACUGAGCAAAACUAUUUCCCCUCCCUAAGUUUGCAACAACAAAAUGGGAAAGAGAGAGGAAAAUAUUUUGAAACAUCCUUCCCUGCUUAUGUAGCUUAUGCAGCAGGAGCCAGGAUUUCUGCCAGUGGGUGGCUUGGGUUGGACUGAUGUGCAGGGGUGCGGGGAAGAGAGAGAAGAAAAGGCACACCUAUCUCCACUGAGAAGAAGCUCCAGCUGCAACCCUUGCAUACGCACUGGGAGUAAGUCCCAUUACAAUCAGCUGAACUUACUUCCGAGUAAGUUCCUUUCCCAACAAGCCUUUCGAGGGAACAUUUUUAUCCCAGUCUGCAUAUGCAUUGGACCUGAACUUGUUUCUUAGAUAGGUAUUUAUGGGUGAUGUUUUUAUUGUUCAGUCAUUUCAGGAGUGAUCCAUUAACAAAAUAAAGACACUGAACACAGCAAGCCACCAAAUUCAUUACAAUGCCAUGUGUAUGCCCUAUAAAAGCGAAAGGGAAAUUCCAAAGUAAAGCCCUUGUGUGAAAGUGUCAUAAUCAGUCCAGCUAGAAAGACACCCAAACAGGUGGCCAGAUGUGACAUCAGGCCAAGUGUGCUGCAGCCCUGCCCUGUAAGACCGUCAAGGGGACAGGCCGGAGCACGGACGUUGAAAGAGACUCCACCAUGAGACCCUACCUGUGCCUUGGAAGGCUCCCACUGAAGCAGGAGAAGCCAGAGGGGUGCAGGUGGCCUCUGCACCAGGCUCACCCAAGCAAGAGAGCAAGCUGCCCCUUCUUGAGGAAAUAUGGUACUUGGGGGCUUGCCAGAGGGAUGCUGUCUGCCCUGCAUCCUGCUGCGAGGAGGAGGGGAGAACUUCGAAUUUAGCACUUCUCCCUGUGUGCCACUUUACUACCCUCACUAAGUUUCUACAUGGCUCCUGUUGCCAGUUAAAUAGAGACACAUGAAGGGAGCAGCCGAUUUAUCAGGACGGAGGGAAACAAAGAAUUUCAGUUUUAUUAAGGUU